GCGCACUAAAGCGUUGCGUCGUCCAAAAGGGGAUAAAAAAUAGGUUGUAGAAAACGGAGCAACGGGUUUUCCUGUUAGCUAGCCUCACUCAGGGGUUGGCGCCGUCCUCGGGUCUCGUUCGACGUCGUUUAUCUGCUUUCGUACGGGGUUAAAGUAAUACACACGACGACCUCAGAAAAAAAGAGAGAGAGAUAAAGAGCGAGAUAGAGAGCGAGCGCGAGCUGUUCGCGAGGUUGGGUCGUUUUAAAGGCAAAAUGGCGACAGCAGAUGACUCCCGAUUCUACAGCGAACAUGAUGACCGUGUAGGACCUAAGCAUCGCAGGAAGGGCAGAGGACCUUUUAGAGCACCUCUGUACAGCGAUCAGAUCUCGAAGCCGAGGCAUCGUGGAGGUCAAGGAGGAGGUGGAGGUGGAGGUGCUGGUCCCAGAUCCAGAUUUGAUGAUGAUGAUGGCGACAUCGCAAUGGCUGAUGACUCUCAUGAUGGAGGAUUGCAGCGCAGAUUUAAUCCUUAUGGGCGACCCCAAAAUCGACGGAAUGGCCGAAGAGGUGGAAAGGAUGCGAGAGGAGAUGGAGGCAACCACAGGGGGCGAGGGAAUAGAGGAGGGGGAGGUGGAGGAGGAGGAGGUGGCAGUUUAGACGGAGUUGAUGGAGGUGGUGGAGGGCGUAAGAAUUGGUUCAGGAUGACUAUUCCCCAUGGGAAAAAAUAUGAGAAACAGUGGCUUCUGUCUGCAUUACAGAACAUCUGCACAGUGCCAUUUCAUGCAAUACAGUACCAUAUAGAUGGAAACCGAGCACAGUUCUACAUCGACGAUUCUUCAACAGCGUAUGCUUUGUCCAAAGUGUCGAGAAAAAUCACAGACAAAGAUGGAUAUAAGGUUACAGUCUUGCUGAAUCAGUGCCAGCCUCCAAGCUUACCUCAACAAGAUCUGAAAAUAGAGGACCUGGAGCAUUUAAAGCAGUGCAUGUCCAAGCGCUUUGACGGUUCGCAACAGGCUCUUGAUUUGAACAACAUCAGGGUUGACCCAGAUUUGGUUUCUUUGAACAUUGAUGUGGCUCUUAGCAGGAAAAACUCCAUGCAGGCAGUUAUCAAGAUCAUUGAGGAGAACAUCCCUGAGCUAAUUUGUUUGAACCUAAGCAACAACAGAUUGUACAAGCUUGAUGACCUUUCUGACCUUGUUGGCAAAGUCCCAAAUCUAAAGAUUCUGAAUCUCUCGCACAAUGAGAUAAGGUCUGAAAGAGAGUUGGACAAGCUGAAGGGGCUGAGGCUGGUGGAGCUGUCACUGCAGAGGAACCCUCUGUGCGAUCACUUUAACGACCAGGCCGACUACAUUAGUGCCAUACGGGAGAGGUUCCCCAGACUGCUCAAACUGGAUGGACAUGAUCUUCCCCCUCCUAUUGGUUUUGACCUGGAGGUUGCUCCAGCUGUUCUUCCUCCAUGCAAGCCCAGUUACUUCGGCUCAGAAGAACUGAAGGGCCUCAUCACCUGCUUCCUGCAACAGUAUUAUGCAAUAUACGACUCGGCAGACAGACAGCCUCUGCUCGAUGCAUAUCAUGAUGGAGCAGCGUUCUCGCUUAUUGUUCCGUUCUCCGCACAGAACCCUUCCAGAAGCAGUUUGGGAGAGUACCUGAAGGACAAUCGCAACAUCAAGCGAGUGAAAGACUCCACAACAAGGUUUCGUUUGCUUAAGCACACACGGUUGAACGUGGUCGCGUUUCUGAACGAACUGCCCAAGACCCAGCAUGACAUCGCUUCUUUUAAUGUCGAUGUCAACACCUACACUACUACGUUGCUGUCAUUCACGGUCAGUGGAGUCUUUAAAGAAGUCGAUGGCAGCGCUCGCGACUCAUACAGAGCUUUCUCUCGUGUAUUUAUCGCCGUGUCUCCAGGAAACGGAACCAUGUGUAUUGUGAACGAUGAGAUGUUUGUCCGAAAUGCCACGACCGAGGAGAUUCGACGAGCUUUCGUCGCUCCCGCCCCGACCCCCUCCAGCAGCCCGGUUCCCACGCUGUCUUCCACCCAACAGGAAAUGCUCGCUGCGUUCUCCUUGCAGUCAGGCAUGAAUCUGGAGUGGUCUCAAAAGUGCUUGCAAGACAACGAUUGGAAUUUUGAAAAAGCCGGUCAGAUAUUCACAGACCUCAAGGCCCAUGGAAAAAUCCCAGAUGUCGCUUUCAUAAAGUGAAAUUGAAAUUUUUUUUUAUAAAAUUGUUUUUCUCUAACAAGCUGCAGGUUGAGGCUUUGAUUUGUGUUUUGUAGCUGAUGUAAUUAUUGUUGAUUUAAAUACCAGUUCAAUAGAUUUUUCUGGCUGAUGUUCGUUCUUCCGAUAUUUACCAGCUACCCAUGUACAAAAAUGUAGAAUAUAAAUCAUUUCCUCUGUUGUAAACUUUAUUCUUGAAUGUUUAAUGAAUGUUUUGAUUAAACCUUUUUUUGAAAAAGCCAA